AUGGAGAAGAUCUCCGUCGCCGUCCGCUUCCGCCCGCCGACCGCGUCCUCCGCCACGGCGGCGGCCGCGGCGGACCCCUCCGCCUCCUCCGGCGGCGACCGCGAGUGGCGCGUCGACGAUACCCGCAUCUGCCUCCUCCACCGCAACGGCCCCGUCCCCGGCGCCUCCUUCGCCUUCGACCACGUGUUCGACGGGGCGGCCACCAACGAGCGGAUCUACGGCGUGCUCGUGCGCUCCCUCAUCCGCGCGGCCGUCGACGGGUUCAACGGCACGGCGUUCGCCUACGGCCAGACCAGCAGCGGGAAGACCUUCACCAUGAACGGCUCCACCGACCAGCCCGGCAUCAUCCCGCUCGCCGUCCGCGACGUCUUCCGCACCGCGUGCGAGGCCGAGGACCGCGAGUUCCUCAUCAGGGUCUCCUACAUGGAGAUUUACAACGAGGAGAUCAAUGACCUCUUGGCGCUCGGGAGCGAGAAGCUGCCGAUUCACGAGAGUUUAGAGCGUGGUGUGUAUGUGGCUGGUCUACGGGAAGAAAUUGUGAACAGUGCCGAGCAAGUGUUUCAGCUCUUAGAGCUUGGAGAAGCAAAUAGGCAUUUCGGGGAGACAAAUAUGAAUGUAAGGAGCAGUCGGUCUCAUACUAUUUUCAGAAUGGUCAUCGAAAGCAGUGCAAAGAAUCAAAUGGACUCUGGAGAUGCUAUCCGUGUAUCUGUCUUGAAUUUAGUGGAUUUAGCUGGAUCAGAAAGAAUUGCAAAAACAGGAGCUGGAGGGGUGCGCCUUAAAGAGGGAAAGCAUAUUAACAAAAGUUUGAUGAUUCUUGGAAAUGUCAUCAAUAAGUUGAGUGAGAGUGGAAAGCAAAGAGGACACAUUCCCUACCGUGAUAGUAAGUUGACUCGCAUUUUGCAACCUGCACUUGGAGGCAAUGCGAAGACAUCAAUCAUUUGCACUGCUGCUCCUGAAGAGAUCCAUGUGGAGGAAACAAGAGGAACACUUCAAUUUGCAAGUAGGGCAAAAUGUGUCAGCAAUUGUGCUCAAGUAAACGAGAUUUUAACAGAUGCAGCUCUGCUGAAGAGACAAAAACAGGAAAUAGAAGAACUUCGUAAAAAGUUGCAGGGUUCCCAGUCUGAAGUGUUGGAGCAGGUUAUACUAAAGCAGCGCAAUGAUAUGCAUAAGUCUGAACUUGAGCGUGAUCGACUAGCAAUGGAGCUUGAAGAUGAAAGGAAGUUAAGGGAGACGCUAGAGCAACGCUUGGCCGAGCAACAAAAGAUAUUAGAUGGCAUUAACAAUACCAGUAUAUCACCAGAUCAGUUUACUGACUCUACCCAGCUCGAUGCAUUAAAAACUCCAGAUUCCAAGGAGAGAACAGUUGGAUUUGUUGCAAGUCGUGCGACCUAUUCGAAAGAUGUAGAGUUUAGCCCAAUACCAGAAAAUCUAGGGACUAUAGCUGAUGAGGACCUCUGGAUGCAGCUGAACAAGGGGUGCAUUACUGAUCUCGAAAUGCUUGAGAUGACACCUGGUUUCAAAUGUGCUCCAUCCAUAGCUGAAGAUAAAACAUCAGUGGCAACUCCAAACGAGGAGCCUAUCGACGCAAGAUGCCAAAGGCUAGAAAAGGACUGCAGCCAUGAUAGACAGCAGCUGGAGGAUUCAAAGGCGAGGUGCGCGGCGCUCGAGAACGAACGUGACAUGCUGAAGAAAGAAAACUCGUCCUUGCUAGAUGCGCUCGCCGAGUCCAGGCAGGAGGCCGGCCGUCUUGUCGCCGACAAGGAGGAGGUACUCAAGGAGCUGGACAUGGAGAAGAGCAGGAUGGAGGAGCUGAAGCAGGAGAUCAGGCUCUUCAGCCAGGCUUUCUCGCAGAGGCAGGGGCAGCUCACCUCCCUGUACACCAAAUCCAAGGCCAUUGUGGAGAACUGCAAGACGUCCCAGCUGGCGUUGCCCUAAUUGUUCUUCACAGCUGCAGGAGAAGUGUAUGCCUUUGAUCAUCUGCAACCAUCCUUAAUUGCAGAUUACGUGAUUUGUUUGUAAUAGUAGGUGUCAUGUGGUUUGCUAUUCGUGUGCGCUGGGUUUAAAGUGUGCAGGCUCUGUGAAGUAGUGUAUGCCAAAAAAAAAAAAAAGAACAUCUGCUUUGUUUGUGAUUUGGAGGGCAUGGGCUAUGAUUUUCAUUAGGCGUUCUUGAAGUGUCAAGCUGUAUUUGACCUGUGGACGUGCCGUGUUAUUUAACGGCGUAAACCAGAUUCAGAUUGCCAUCAAUGUACCAUAUAUUUCAUACCAGAGUGCAACCAGACA